UGGACCGUCAUCGUGCCAUCGCCGACUUAUCGAAGUGGGUGUGUUACUAAACUACACCGCCUCAUAUCUCUUAUCUCUGUAUACCGAUGUGCAGUGAUUUAGAGAUAACAGGGACUACGUUCUUAUUAAAAAGGUACGACUGUUUUUCCAAGCGCUCAUUCAUCAACAGACGUCACGUUAGUACCGCGGCCGGUUAGUGUUCCGCGCUUAUUGUGUUCGAUUCAGUGACAAUUUGUGACAUUUUUGACUGAAAUGCUAGCGAUGGAAGAGGACUGCCGUCACCUGACGACGGAAGACAUCAAGGAAGGAGACAUGCUGGAACAACGCUACCCUAUGCCGGACAGUCCGCUUGAUCUCCGUGGCUCAGUAGAAUCUCAAACAUCCAUCAAAACCGAGGAUAAUUACAGCGAUAAAUCCAUGAAGAAAUCCGGACAGAUGAUUAAACCACCUUACUCGUAUAUCGCUCUAAUCACCAUGGCAAUACUGCAAUCGCCUCAAAAGAAACUGACUUUGAGUGGAAUUUGCGAGUUUAUUAUGACCAGAUUCGGGUACUACAGAGAAAAAUUCCCUGCCUGGCAAAACUCGAUAAGACACAACCUCUCCUUGAACGAUUGCUUCAUCAAAAUACCUCGAGAACCUGGAAAUCCUGGUAAAGGUAACUACUGGACCUUAGAUCCUUUAGCAGAGACAUGUUCGAUAACGGUAGUUUUGAGGCGACGGAAACGAUACAAGAGACCAUCGAACUUAAUGAUGAGAGACCACCAUGCCUCUGCUAUGGUAGCUCAGUUUCUGCAAAGUCAGGAGAACUACCACAACAGUUUGUUCAGUCAUGCGAGUCUUCACAAUCCUUACACGUACUUACCAGGUAUUCCUACAAGUCUCUCUAACGGAUUACCUCUUUUAAGUCCAAUGGACCUGUCCAGAUUCGGAAUACCACCUUUGGGAUUAAUUGCACAACCAAACAUCUGUAAACCCGUUCCAGUUCAACCAACUAGCGUUACUCCAGUGUCUGAUACCGAGGACUAUCUUCCGACGGAGAUUCACAAGAAAGCGAAGAAUGGAUUUUCGAUAGAUUCAAUCAUCGGUAACGAGAGUAAAGCAGGAAAUAAACCAGAUAUCUCGAGGAAAAGCAAUUCUCAAAGUCCGGACAUAGUGUUGCCUCGUUUACAUAACCAAAUGAGUGCGUUUUUCUCAUUAUCGUCCAACGACGAUUGGACAAGGUGA